AUGGUUCUUCAAGACCUCGGACGGCGCAUAAAUGCCGCUGUCAGCGAUCUCACGAGGUCUAGCAACCUUGAUGAAAAGGCAUUCGAUGGUAUGAUCAAGGAGAUCUGUUCCGCCCUUCUCGAAGCCGAUGUAAACGUCAAACUCGUCGGAAACCUACGGAAAUCAAUCAAGUCGUCUGUAAAUUUCAAAGAGCUCGCGCCAAGCGUAAACAAGAAACGAUUAAUCCAGAAAACCGUCUACGAUGAACUCGUCAAACUGGUCGAUCCCCAUGCGGAACCGUUCAAACCGAAAAAGGGAAAGCCGAAUGUUAUCAUGUUCGUUGGACUGCAGGGAGCGGGAAAGACUACGACGUGUACGAAGUUGGCGAGACAUUAUCAGUCGAGAGGAUUCAAGGCUUGUAUGGUUUGCGCGGAUACCUUCCGUGCGGGAGCGUUUGAUCAGUUGAAGCAGAAUGCGACGAAGGCCAAGAUCCCGUAUUAUGGAUCUUUAACUCAGACUGACCCUGCAGUUGUUGCGAGGGAGGGUGUGGAGAAAUUCAAGAAGGAGAAAUUCGAUAUCAUUAUUGUGGAUACUUCUGGACGACAUCGACAGGAAGAUGCGCUGUUCCAGGAGAUGGUGGAUAUUCAGAAUGCCGUCAAGCCUGAUCAGACGAUCAUGGUACUUGAUGCUAGUAUUGGUCAACAAGCCGAGGCGCAGAGUAAAGCUUUCAAGGAGACUGCUGAUUUUGGUGCUAUCAUUAUUACCAAGACCGAUGGUCAUGCUAGUGGCGGUGGUGCCAUUUCUGCCGUUGCAGCGACACAUACACCAAUUGUCUUUAUCGGCACUGGAGAACAUAUGCUAGAUUUGGAAAAGUUCGCGCCUCAGCAGUUCAUUUCAAAACUUCUUGGUAUGGGUGAUAUGCAAGGAUUAGUAGAACACGUGCAAUCAUUGAAGCUGGACCAGAAAGACACCAUGAAGCACAUCGUCGAGGGAGUCUUCACCGUCCGCGAUCUUCGAGACCAACUAUCCAACAUCAUGAAAAUGGGACCCCUCUCCAAAAUGGCCGGUAUGAUCCCCGGCAUGAGCGGCAUGAUGCAAGGCAUGGACGACGAAGAAGGUUCUCUCAAACUCAAACGCAUGAUAUACAUCUGCGACUCCAUGACCGCCAAAGAACUCGACAGCGACGGCAAGAUGUUUAUCGAGCAACCAACCCGCAUGACCCGUAUUGCCUGCGGCUCUGGAACCAGCGUCCGCGAAGUUGAGGACCUCCUCACCCAACACAAGAUGAUGGCUGGCAUGGCGAAGAAGAUGGGCGGCAAUAUGAAGAAUAUGCAGAAAGCGCAGGGCGCGAUGAGCGGUGCUAACAAACAGCAGCAGAUGGCCGCGAUGCAGAAAAGGUUGGCUAGUAUGGGUGGUGGUGCUGGGGGUGGAGGCGGUGGGAUGCCGGAUAUGGGGUCGUUGAUGAAGAUGUUUGGCGGUGGGGGCGCUGGUGGGGGGAUGCCGGGCAUGCCGGGCGGGAUGGAUAUGGCGGCUAUGAUGAAGCAGAUGGGUGGGAUGAUGGGGGGUGCUGGUGGUGGUGGUGGAAGGGGGGCCGGGAGAGGGAAGAGGUAG